UCCGCAAACUUGCUCCGAGUUCGCUGCAGGACUUCACUGCUGCUUUGGAUGUUCAGGAAAAUUGAGUGUGUUCUGUGAGCGCGGCCUUUUAAUGCUUCAAAAAUAAACAGAGGAUAAACUCGGGAGGAAAUUUUUAGCUGGAGAGAGUUGUUGCAGUUCCUGUGUCUGUCUCCAGGACUGUGAUAUGUGUUGACUGAAGAGCUAACUGCAAUGACCCUGGAAACAGAAGGGGAAUUCUUAUAAAUCACAAAGGAAAAUAAAUAACUUCACCCAUGGAGGGAAAGAGACAGCUUGAGAAAAGGGACUUUGGAAAACGGCUGUCUCUAGACAGCAGUCUUGUGGGCUUCAGAAUACAGCUGCAAACAAAAUCUUACCUAGGAAACCAACCUGUGGCUGAGGAAUACAUGGACUCCAAUAAAUACAUAGAGCACCUGCUAACUCAACUCGAGGAGCAACACAGAAGUCUCUGGAGGGAGAAGUUGGCUGUGGCCCGACUACAGCGAGAAGUUGCCCAAAGAAGAAGUGAGGGGGCCAUGCAUGAGAAGCUGAUACAUGAAUUGGAAGAAGAGAGACAUUUACGUCUUCAGAGUGAGAAGCGAUUGCAGGAGGUGACACUGGAGUCUGAACGCAACAGAAUUCAGAUGCGUGGCCUGCAGCAGCAAUUCUCCAGGAUGGAAGAAACAGUACGAAAUCUAUUGCAGAGUCAAGGACCUGCAGAACAGAAAAAAGAAGAAACUGUUAAUAUAAUGGUCUAUCAGGAAAAACUGCCAGAGGAAGAGAGAAAACACAAGGAAGCUUUGGAAGAACUUCACAUGGUGGUGGAUGAGGAUUCGCGGAGCGAAAGCAGCAGUGCGGACGAGGGGAAAGGAAAGACCAAAUUGCUGUUAGAAAGAUUGAAAGCUCUAGAGGUAAGAAAUGAAACAAAUGCUGCAUGUUUAAAGAAAAAUAACAGUGUUCUGCUUCUUUUAUUGGCGCUGGUUUUGA